UGCUAAAUGGUCUCUGGUGGGGUUGAACGAUUAACUAUGCAGUGCUAGUGACGUCACGUGUGUGGGGGCGCGGUUACCGUUCAGGAAUAAUAUAAAUAUGUCCGGUUGUCGUGCGCACAGCGAGAGGAACGUCAGAUUCGACCUCAGCUAGAAAUGGACCCCGUGGGAUUUUUUAUCGAUGUUAUUCCUUCACAAGGCACUCUCAGACACGUUUUCAUGAUGAUACUUAACAUUCACGCACUAUCAAGCUGUUCAUAUGGUCUUUAAGAGUGCUGUUUCAAUAACUGUAUUUGCACUGAUGGUGGGUCUCGGAGAAUUGGACGUUUAUUUGUUUGGGAAGAUCGAGUAUGGACACGGACAUCUUAAAGGGACCAUCUGAAAAGUCUUUGCUAUGUUUCUCACUUGCGUGAGCAAGACCCUUUUCCUAAUCACGUGGAUCUAGACUUGUAAAGAUUAAUUGUCCUUCUCAGAAAUGUCUUUCCCUGACAACGGCAGUGGCGUUCCUGUUGGAGAACUGCCUUUUCCGGAGAUUAUCGAGCUAAAUGUUGGGGGCCAGGUCUAUAUUACCCGCUACUCAACUUUAACAAGUGUGCCAGACUCCCUCUUGUGGGAGAUGUUCAGUCAGAAGACCACCAAGGGCUUGCCUCGCGACACCAAGGGUCGUUUUUUCGUCGACAGAGAUGGCUUCCUUUUCCGUUACAUUCUAGACUACAUGCGAGACCAGCGACUCGUUCUUCCCGAACAUUUCCCAGAGCGAGGGCGCUUGCAGCGAGAAGCAGAGUUUUUCAACCUUCCUGAACUUGUCAAACUGUUGGCGCCGAAGAUCAGUAAGCAGAACUCUCUGGGCGACGAGGGCUGUCAAAGUGACCCCGAGGAGUCGUCGCCUAGCACCGACAUCGCCCGCAAUCUGGCCUCCCUGGGGGCGGCCGCGGCUGCCUGUUCCAGUCUGGCGUUGGGUGGAGGCGACGGCAAACGUUCUGGAUUCAUCACGAUUGGCUAUCGAGGCUCCUACACUCUAGGGCGUGACAGUCAAACAGACGCCAAGUUCCGGCGAGUGGCUCGGAUUAUGGUGUGCGGGAAGACCUCUCUUGCCAAGGAGGUUUUCGGGGAAACGUUGAAUGACAGUCGUGACCCUGAUCGCCCACCAGAGCGCUACACAUCCCGCUAUUACCUCAAGUUUACCUUCUUGGAGCAGGCUUUUGACCGGUUAGCGGAUGCCGGCUUCCACAUGGUGGCUUGCAACUCGACAGGGACUUGCGCCUUCGCCCACGAACAGACUGACGACAAAAUCUGGACCAGCUACACAGAAUAUGUAUUCUACCGUGAGUGACUUCCAACCUGUGUUCCAGCGUCUCCUCCCUGUCUUAACCCGAGAUCACCUGCAGUAGAUGUAGAAGCUUCUAGAUCAAUACCCAACACCUCCAUCCAGACUUUUCCGCAACAAAACCCUUCAUGCCUCCUAUCCAAGUAACCUUUCAUCCCUUCGAUGAUCCCCACUUGAAAUCAUCCCCUCAUCAAAAGACCGCCUUCCCUUUUCUACAUGUGCUCUUCUUGCUUUUUCAGCUUUUGUGAAGCACAACGUUGUACUGUUGAGCUUGAUAUAAAGUAUGUUGUCCAGCUAAAAGUUGGAUACUGACUGGUCGAACUGGCAAAUGAGCCAUUUGAAAGGACUUAGGAAAGUUAGGCUCUAAAACUUCACACUUCUCCUCUCUCAACCUCUCGGAUCGAUUUUAAAGUUUUUAAACACAGUUGGCCAUCCUUGCCAACAAUACAUAUGUAAUAGAUUACAAUUUUGUGUCAUUAUUGUAACAUUGGGGGCCAAAGAAGAAGGAAGCCAUUACAACUUAAUGGCUAACGAUUAAUCUUUAAAAACAGAUGGUGAAAUAGGAGUUACACUAGGCUUAUGGAUAUCCAGCAGUGGUCACCAUGGGACUAAAAAAAUGGAAUAAUAGAUAAUGUUUAAGUUAGAAAAGUUGUUUUGCAUUGAGUAUAUCAAACAAUUUCAAUUAUUAGCAUCAUACGUCUCUAGCCAAUAGAGUGAGGACAAUGAAUGGGGCCAGUUAACAACAUUUCAAAAACAAAUUUUUCUAAUUUAUAGCUACAAGAUAAACAUUAUACGUGUUACCACGAUUUUAGUGUGAUCAAUUCGUUGUGUGUAGUUACUGUAUGUCUAAUACUGAGAUUACAGGGUUUCGUUGUCAUGACAAUGAAUUUGUAAUAUACCCAGAUAAGGUUUUUAUAGCGAUUUUAUAACACUAAAAUCCUUUUAACGUGUAAUGUUUACGUCUUGUGGCUUUACUUUUGAAACGGUCUGGAUUUCAGCAUGGGAAUGGACUGCCACCAUUCACUAUUAUUGUAAGUGCACCCAUUGGUUUCUAAUAAACGAGGGGUCAAAAGAUAUGAGGUCAUACUUUAUUGACUGUGCUAUUAGGCAUUUCGUAUUUAUUUGUCUGUAUUGAAGGGUAGAAGAUAGGAGCCGUAAUAUGAAGCUUAGAUGUUCAUUUUCAGGCCGACUAGAGUGUCCUGGUCAGUUGAACGAUACCCAUAAUGGAUCUUUCUGUUUACUGAGAAAUACAUUAUUUAGUCGCUUAUGACGAGUGUACUUUUAUUAUCUUACAUUCCAUGUUAUUGUAGUUUAAUCCGUUAAAUAUGUGCCCGUUUCUAAUUUAAAUGUAUUAUUCAGGUGGAUUCGUUAAUUGAUAUUUGGGCAUUCCAGUGAUGUUUUCUGUUGUUCUUUACCAUGACGCACCAAAGUUUUGAUUUUAAAGAUGAUAUUAGUUCUUAUGUCAAUUAGUAACGCUUUCUUCCAUUUCAUGUGAGCGAGGCCCUUGUUUGUGUGGCUUUUUGACCGAGUUAUAUGUUUAGAUCUUUAAAUGAAAUAAUUUUCAGGUAUUUCUUACAAACACAAAUCCGUUGCGGCCUCAGGCUACAUCAUAAAAUGUUUGGGAGUUCUUCAUUGGACUGUAGUUAUGAAGUGUCCUCUGGGAUUAUAAAUAUCAAGCAUUCAUUUAUUCAUUUGUACAAUGGCACGUGUGUAGGCCUCAGUUAUUCAUUUAAUCCCACGCCAAUCUCAAUCACCCGACUGUCUUUAUGAGGUUAUAUGUGGGCAUUGUUUAUAGUGAAAUGCUAGCCUUAAAAUGUCUUUAUGAAAGCAUGAAUAAAAACGUAAUUAUUCAAGAAGUAUUUUGUCCUUAAAUAUAAAACAUCUACAUUGCAUGCGUUUGCAUAUAUUUGCAUAGUACUUUAUCAAAACAUCAAACAUGCAAACAGAUAUCCAAUUAUGGCAAUUAAAUUAGUUCAGGUUUAAACCAAAGCAACCGUGAAUGCUGUGUUUAGAUAAAACUACUCUGGCUCAUUCACAUUCUGCAAGCAUAAUAGAUCCUGAUUGAUGUAAACACUCUUGAAACAUCUGAAAGGUUUUUUUCCCUCAUUUUCUCCCCAAUUUGGAAUACCCAAUUCCCAAUGCUCUCUUAGUCCUCGUGGUGCUGUAGUGACUCGCCUCAAUCCGGGUGGUGGAGGACAAAUCUCAAUUGCCUCCAUGACUGAGACCGUCAAUCCUCGGAUCUUAUCUCGUGACUUGUUGAGCGUGUUACCGUGGAGACCUAGUGCGUGUGGAGGCCCAUGCUAUUCGCUGCAGCAUCUAUGCACAACUCACCACGCUCCCCAACGAGAGCGAGAACCACAUUAUAGCGACCACAAGGAGGUUACCCCAUGUGACUCUACGCUCCCUAGCAACCGGGCCAAUUUGGUUGCUUAGGAGACCUGGCUCACUCAAGGGGUGGUAGUCAUCGUAUUUACUCGCUGAGCUACCCAGGCCCCGAAACAUCUGAAAGUUGAUUGGAUGGUGAAAAUGGUUUUGGUGAAAGAUUGCAAACACAAACAUUUUAUAUUUUGAAUAAUGUGCACUGAAUUGUUAACAAAAAGACCAAAUAAAAAAAUUAAACGGGGUUCAUUUUGAUUCGAUGGGGGGCCUGGGUAACUCGGCUGACUAUCACCCCUAGAGUUGCGAGUUCGAGUGUGCUGAGCGAUUCCAGCCAGGUCUCCCAAGCAACCAAAUUGGCCCGGUUGCUAGGGAGGGUACAGUCACAUGGGGUAACCUCCUCGUGGUCAUUAUAAUGAGGUUUUGUGCAAUGUCAAUGAUAGCAUUGAUUGUGGAAGAGCUGUUUAUAAACUGAUAAUGUUGUUUAACUCGUGAUUUGUGUACAAGCGAAUAGAAGUCGUUGUUGUGCCUCUAGUGUUCAUUUCACCAGGAAACUGGAAACAAGGCAUGUUGAGUAAUUUAGCAAAAAUGUAGUUAUAGUACAAUCAUGGAAAAUCAAACAAACUCAUUUUGGUGUUUUGCACCAAUACACUGUAAAAACAAAAUGUAAACCUUAAUUAAGAAGAGAAGCUGCAUGGUGCUGGAAAGUGGAGUAGAUGUAUAUUUGAAUACUGACUAUUUAUAAUUAAAUGUAUUUAA